AUGAACGUUGAGAAGCCAAAGAAGUUGCAAUAUUCUUCUAAGAAUGUUUUUUCUAUUGACUAUGAUAAGAGUCUCUUUAAUACGCUCACCCCACCUCCUCAGAUGAGAACUUGCCAUCAUUGUGGUCUGUCUGGAUCCCUCAGAUGUUCACAAUGUAAACAAAUAUACUAUUGCUCUGUGGAUUGCCAGAAGAGAGACUGGUCAGUACACAGCGUUGUGUGUGAGCCAGUUAAGCAGAAUUUAAGUAAUAGCAGUGGAGGGAAGUUACCUGCUAAAAACAAGACAGGAUUUUACGUUAAGGAUAAUUUAACUGCUGAGGAUUCCUUCAAGACAAAAGAGCGUAUCAAGAAGAUCAUGUUUUCGGAUCUCCAGACUCUAGGAAUCAAAAAAUCUAUGGAAGUACAGGGUACGGUAACAGAAUUCAAGAGUCCAAGUGAAUUUUAUAUACAGAUGAAUUCUCCCAGAGCUCUAGAGCAGAUGGGCAGACUUUCUGUAAAGCUGCAAGACUGUUAUGCUAACACAGUUAUUCAAGAGCAGUACAUUGCGAUCAGAGGGGAAGUCUGUGUGGCAAGGAAUUCUGUGGACCAGACGUGGAGAAGAGUAUUGAUUAAAGAUGUGGAUGUAUUGCAGAAGAAAGCACAAGUGUUCUAUAUAGAUUGUGGAAAGGAAGAAAAUAUUCCAUUCUCCUGGAUUAAAGCUCUAUACAAAGACAUUGAACUGUUUCCUCCAUGUGCAAUUAAGUGUUCUUUCGCCAAUUAUGAUCCUGAACAAGCAUGCAAUGAAGACACUGCUAUCUUUUCUUCCAAGCUGAUGGGAAAGACCUGUUCAGUAAUUGUUGUUGAUAUACUGCAAGAGGAAAUGAUGUCAAGUUUUGCUGUAGAUGUUGUUCUUCCAGAUUUGCCAGAAAACAAUUCUAAGGGAAGUAAAGAAAAAAUACCUGAAGAUAAAGAACAGCAUUGCUGUGGAAAUAUAACUGCACAGUCUGUCUCUAUAUGUAUUGGAGACACGCUUUCUGUUGUGGUUUCCCAUGUUCAAAAUCCAGAAGACUUUUUCUGUCAGCAGAUACACAUUGGCCGUCGUCUUGCUGAGCUUCAGGCGCAUGUUUGCCAAUAUUGCAACAAACUUCCAAGUAAUCCAAAUUUCCGACCAGUUUCUGGAGAGCUGUGCUGUGCCCAGUUCACAGAAGACAAUGUCUGGUAUCGUGCUGCCGUUAUAGCACAUGCUUCUGAAGAUAACAUUGUGGUAGGUUAUAUAGAUUAUGGUAACUUUGAAGUUCUGCAGCCAACUAGACUUCGUCCUAUGAUUCCAAAAUUAAUGGACUUGCCAGCUCAAGCCAUAAGAUGUACUUUGGCAGGUAUCAAGCCAUUGUUGGGAGCCUGGACUUCAGAAGCUAUUUCUCUUAUGAAACAAUUAGUAAAAGACAAAGUGUUCACAGUGAAAGUAGUGGAUAAAGAGAGUUAUAGAUGUGUGGUGGAGCUCACAGAUGCAUCAGUAAUUCCAGAAAUAAAUAUAUCGAGAUGUCUCAUAGAGAAAGGCUGUGCAGAUGAAGCAUCAAGAAUGGCCUUGCAAGCAAUUGAAACGGGUGGUGUUAAGCAAGCAAAUCACACACCAAACAAACAAAAAUGCAAGUGGAGUACAUUCUCUAAUAAACAAGCAGUAGAUGUGAUAGUGUGUACAUUGUACAGUCCUGGAGAAUUCUACUGCCAGAUUGCAAAUAGCAAUGAGUUACGUGCUCUAAACUCACUUAACGAAUCAUUGUUUGAAUAUUGCCAGAAAACUCCUCCAAAUGUUUUCAAGCCUGAGAAAGGAGAACCUUGCUGUGCUUUGUUCUCUGAUGAUGGUAACUGGUACCGUGCUUUGGUGGAAGACAUUAUUUCAGAUAGAGUUGUUCGGGUUCACUUUGUGGACUAUGGAAAUGUUGAAGAAGUACCAGUGGAUAACAUACGGCACAUUUCAUCCUCAUUCCUGGAGCUGCCAUUUCAAGGAAUUAAAUGCUGGCUUUCAGGUAUAAAGCCUGCUGGUAGCAAAUGGAGCCCAGAAGCUACAAAAAGAUUUCAUAAGUGCACUGCAGGAAUGAAGCUUCAAGCCAAAAUAAUUUCAUUUUCCAGAGAUGGGGCAGGUAUAGAACUUAUUGACAAUUCCAUGGGUCAUCCAAAAGUGAUCACUGAGAUGCUAAUUUCUGAGAAAUUGGCUGAGAAGGAGGAUCUGCAAGAUAAAAAUACUUUUCCAAAAACCUCACUUGGGCACUGGGAGUCAAUAGAAUUGGCAGUGGAUCAAACCGUAUCUGUCUGUGUGACAGAAGUUAGAAGGCCAGACUUGUUUUAUGUUGUACCAGCUUAUAGCAGAGAUGGAGAUAAACUGCAUAAGCUGUUGACUGAACUACAGGACUACUGUAAGUCUUGUAAGAAGCAGCCUUUCAGACCAACGCUAGGUGAAGCCUGUUGUGCCAGGUUUUCAGGUGAUGGGCGUUGGUACAGAGCUGUUGUUCUGAAAGUUUCUCUGUCCACAGUUGAAGUACUGUAUGCAGACUAUGGGAACACAGAAAAUGUACCACUUUCAAAUGUGCUGCCCAUCACUGAUGUCUUCUUAAAGAUUCCUUUUCAGACAAUUACAUGUUCACUUGCAGGAAUAAAGAAAGUUGAGUGGUCUCCAUUGGUUCUUGACACACUAAAGGAAAUGUUGCUGAAUAAAUAUGUCACAAUCACAGUGAAAGGACUUAGUGGAAAUAUUAAAUUGGUAGAAGUGGAGAAAGAGAGUGAAAAUGGUAGCCUGAAUGUGGCAGACAAAUUAGUAACGGAGGGUUUGGUGAGAUACUGCAAAGCUGCAAACUCUGAUGUUGCACAUCAAGGCAGUGGAAGUGAGACCAAAUGCUGCUGUGCAGAAUUAAAAAUGCAGCUUAAAAAACAUGAACAGGUUCUCCUCUUCCUUUUAAACAAACACCACAAUCCAGACAGAUACGGAGAAAUGAAAAAAAUGUUGGAAAGCUGAGUCUGAAGUUCUGUUCAGUUUAUAUGGAAUCAUGGAAUCACAAGGUUGGAAAGGACCUACAAGAUCAUCUUUGGAAGAGCAGUUUUAUUCAUUGUAGUAAAAAUGAGUUGCUUCCUCUGUUGCUUAAAUAACUGUA